AUGCUUCGGUUUCUCUCAAGUGGGUCAAAUAUUUUUCAGUCUUUUCCACACUCAGCAAUUAUAAAAGCCCUGCGAGUGUUCACUUCCGCCACGUGUUCGACCAUUUGCCUCACCCAAACCAAGGUUGAAGUUGAAGAUGAUAAAAGCAAAUGGAGUGAUGCUACUGAACUUUUGAGCAAAUGGGGUUGCACUGAUGAUGAUUUGGUGAGAAUAUUCUCGCGCUGCCCCUCGCUGCGUAAUGCUGAUCCCACGCUGGUUCAAUCCAAACUGUCCCUUCUUACUGAUUUGGGCUUGCGUGCUUCUCAACUUGUGAAGAUUGUCAAUUGUAGACCACGGUUUUUCCGGUCUCGGAUUAACUCUAGUUUAGAAGAGAGGGUUGAACAUCUUACAUCAUUGUUUGAGUCCAAGGAAGUGCUUCAGAAGGCCAUUGUGAGAAACCCUUCACUGCUGCUAUCGGAAGGUCGCUAUAAUGUUAAGGCCACAGUUGAGCUCUACGAGAAGUUGGGUGUUAAGAAAGGGGACUUGAUUCAGAUGCUGCUUUUGCGACCCACGGUUAUUUCUAGGACUUCCUUUGACGCUGAGAAGCUGGAAUAUUUAAGCAAGAUUGGGCUUACUAUGGAUUCAAAAAUGUAUAAAUAUGUGGUGACAUUAAUUGGAAUCUCUCGCGUGGAAACGAUCCGGGAGAAGGUGGCAAAUUUAGCAAAGUUUGGGCUUUCUGAAGAGGAGAUAUUUGGUCUUGUGGGGAAGUCUCCUAAUGUUUUGACAUUGUCGACAGAUAAGGUUCAGAGGAACAUGACUUUCAUUUUGGGCACGAUGAAGCUUGACGCCAAAUUGGUUCUAAAGCAGCCGUAUCUCUUGUAUGCCAAUGUGGAUACUGUUUUGAAGCCAAGAGUGCGUCUAGCAUUGAAGAUGCAAGAUAUGGUGGAUUCGAAGUGGCAAAUCAUGGGACCAACAAUAGUAAGUUUUCUUAGGAUGUCAGAGAAGAGAUUUUUGGACUUGUUUGUAAAAUGCCAUGGCGAGGAUGUUGCCAAUGAAUUGAUGGAAUUCUAUAAAAGGACAAAAGAGGUUAAGAGAUUGGGAGUGUCAUCAAAGAAGUGCAGUAGUAAGAGAGGAUUCCCUUUCUGA